AUUCCUUUAUCUUCUUUUCUGCCGCUUCAGCCCCAAAAAGAAAACAAGAUUUUGCAGUCGCAGCCCCACGCCGGCCGCCGCGAGAACCAGUCGCACGCUGCUGCUCCGGUACCUUCUUAUUCUUCUUGCUUUGAAAAUCACAGAUGGCCUUGAAAGGUGUAUGGCAGCUUCAAAAGUUGAUAGUUAAUUACUGUGACUGGGGAGGAAGUAGUCGGGGUAUCAGGGCAUUUAUGCAGUCGCAGCUACCAGCGUUUAAAGAGAAGAAUCCUCAGCUAGAGGUGGUUACUGAGCUCAUUCGUGGUCAGCACCCACAUCUGAAAGGCUUAUACAAGAACAAAAGUCAACGGGUAAUAUGUGUGAAGAAUAUGGACCCAGAAGAGAUCCUUGAAUAUGCAACAAGACUGAGAAAUUCGGUGGGAAGAAAGGUGGUAAAACUGAAGACUAGGCAUGUAACCCAACACCCUAGUGUGCAAGGUACAUGGACAACAGAUGUGAAAUUUUGAGGUGAAGCAAACGGAUUCACAAGGAGCUUCUUAUGGUAGUUACCAUGUGGCAUGUAUCAAUAACCAUGACUGGCUCUCUCGCUUUUGAGAUUAUAUUGAGUUUUCCAUGCAAUUUGGCAUAGUUUGGACAGUCAUAA